AUGGUUAAAUCUAAAACAGGGUUAUUUGCCCUAGGGUUCUUCAUAGUCGCGUCAUUAUUUGUGAUAAUUUCUUUUAUUAGUCCUUAUUGGCUAGUAACAGACGGUAAACUUAAAAACCCAAAGUUUAUAAAAAUUGGACUAUGGGAAGUGUGUUUCAAUGGCUUUGAAGAGGUCCAUCAUUGGUAUGACACGGUAUUUACUGGUUGCUGGUGGAUAUUCGAAGAGGAAUACUACAUUAUUCACGAUGUGCUUCUACCUGGUUUCUUCAUAGCAACACAAUUCUUUUUUACCAUUACUAUGUGUUGUGUUAUUUUGUCAAUGUUUUUGUCUUACCUGUAUAUGAAGAAAGACAGAGAUGAUGACAAAUACCUUACGCUUCUGGUCACUCUGGGCACAGUUCUUGUUAUUGGAGGAUUCUCUGGAAUUAUCUCUGUGGUAACAUUUGGUGCCCGUGGUGAUGGACGUGACUGGAUGCCUAACUGGGAACACAAUGACCUGGGUUGGGCAUUUGCUCUUGGAGUUGUAGGCGUUGUUCUACUUUUGCCUGCAGGAAUACUGUUCUUGGUGGAAGCAAGAGUACAAAAGUAUAAGAGACUUCAUGAAAUGCAGAGCAGGGAACCAUCAUCUUAUACCAUGCAUGAGAGGAAGGUUGGGUAUGCUGGCGGACAUACUGACAUAUAG